GCCACGAGUAACCACAAAGUCAAAGAGACGGUUGCUUUGGAACUCAGCUACGUCAACUCCAACUUGCAGCUACUAAAGGAGGAACUGGAAGAGUUGAACAGUUGCAUGGAAGUCUACCAGAAUGACAGUGACUCCAUUAGCGUCCCGAUGAUCCCCCUGGGUUUGAAGGAGACCAAAGAACUGGACUGGGCAGCUCCCCUGAAGGCCGUCAUUAAAGAACACUACCAGGAAGACGAAGACUCCUACAAGGCGGAGCUGGAAGCCCUUGUGGAUUUGCGCCAGGCCAUGCGGGCACCCAGCCGGAACAAGGCGGGCCUUGAACUCCUGAUGGAAUAUUACAGCCAGCUCUACUUCCUCGACAAUCGAUUCUUCUCGCCCCAUCAGAACCUGGGACUUUUUUUCCACUGGUACGAUUCGCUGACGGGCGUGCCUUCUCACCAGCGGGCCCUGGCUUUUGAGAAAGGAAGCGUGCUUUUCAACAUCGGGGCCUUGCACACCCAAAUCGGGGCGCGCCAGGACCGUACCACUUUGCAGGGGGUGGACUGCGCCAUUGAAGCCUUCCAAAGGGCAUCGGGUGCCUUCAACUACCUGAAGGAGAACUUCUCCAAUGCCCCCAGCCUCGACAUGAGCAGCCCCUCCCUCAACAUGCUGGUCCGUCUGAUGAUCUCCCAGGUGCAGGAAUGCAUCUUCGAGAAGGUUCUCCUACUCGGAGCCCAGAGCAACUUCCUCACCUACCUGCAUCUUGCCCAGGAAGCGGCCCGGGUAGAGGAAGUCUACUCCUUGGUGCACCAGACCAUGGCCCAGCCUCAGGUCAAAGACUAUGUGCCUUUCUCCUGGACCUCCAUGGUGCACGUCAAAGCUGAGCACUUCAAGGCCCUCUCGCACUACUACGCCGCGGUUGCACUCUGCGACUGCCCCUCCACGUCGGAGGUGGAUUUUCCCGAGCAUGAAAAAGCGUUCCUCCAGUUUCACGUCUCCACGCCGGAAGGACCGGCUCCUUCCUUACUUUUGCGAGACCAGGAAGCGCGCCGGCGCCUGGGGAAAGCCCACCUCAAGAAAGCCAUAAUCGAGCACGAGGAGGCCAUGAGGAUCCACAGCUUGUGCAAGAUCUUGAGGAAGAUGGAUAUCUUGCAGGAGGUCCUCUCACUGGCCCACAAACGGUCCCUCAACAAAUACUCCGAAAUUGAGCACGAGGAAGACUUCUUUGAAACCGCAGAAGCUCCAGACAUCCAUCCCAAAACACAUCAGAGACCUGAAAUCAAAUCCCCCAACUUCUCCAAGGUGAAGGUCGUAGACAUCUUUCAUAGAUUGGGACCCCUCUCCAUUUUCUCUGCCAAGAAUAAGUGGCACCCCAUCCGGACGGUGCUCUUGGUGCGCGGAGCAAACGGCUUUGGAUUCACCCUGCGAGGCGAUUCUCCAGUCCUGGUCGCUGGGAUCAUUGCUGGUGGGUGUGCAGCGGAAGCCGGCUUGAAAGAAGGGGACUACAUUGUCUCCAUCAACGGCCAAGACUGCAGGUGGUCCAAGCACGCAGAUGUGGUGCAGCUGUUGAAGGUGGCCGGAGAGGAGGGGGUGAAAGUGGGUGUGAUCACUCUGCUACCCCCAGAAGGACAGAGCAAAAAGGUGGACCAGAAGGCGGCAGUCAUGACCUCCAGAGGAGCGGGCGCUGUGCCGAAAAGCAACAAAGAGAACAACCGCAAGACCCCGCUGCCGAGCAAAGCCGGUGGGGGUCUCCUCGCCUGGGGACAGAAGAGCAAACGCAGCAAAAGCUGCGGCUCCGUGACCCACCCCUUCGCCAUGGGGGAUAACACACUGGCCCACUGAGCCUGCCCACCGGAUCCAUCCUCCCUGGACUGGAGAAGUGGAGACGGUUGUCCAUCGUGCAGAAUUUUUUUGGGGGGGGACCUCUUCAGAAGAGAGACUCAUUUUGGGAAGGUGGACCAGAAUUGUCUCACCUUGCUUCUGGGGAGAGUGGGGUGGAGUGUGGUGGGAAAAAUGUGCCUUGGGAGAAAAAUUAAUUCUGCGCCACUAAACGUCCUGAUGACUUAAGAUGAAGCUCUGUGAUAAUGGGAUGUCUGUGUUAGUGUUCCAGAAAUUCCUCCGCUCCGACAAAUAACUCCGAGACAGACAUCUCCAAAGUUCUUUCAUUAGAGGAGUAAAC